UAGUGACACUGUUGAUUUCUAUUGUGGAGGAUCAGCCUGAAGACCCUCCCUCCCUUCCAAGCAAGAUAAGAGGAACGAGGAUCAUUUGCUAUUAGUGUGAGUCCAAAAGCAAUCAGGAACCUACUCAGAAUUGGGUAAAAAGAGAAUUUUGUACAUUUGUAUGAUAUAUAUUCAGAACACACUAACGCAAUGCUUACGUCAGCAAUAUAGUAACAUUUUGUGUUGCUUUUGGAGUUUGGAUAGGUGCUGGCUGAAAAUGGGGAUGCUGUUUUGGAGCCUGCUCAUUGUGUUGAGUGCAGAUGCCCUCAUGGCCUGUUCCCUGGAAAACUACACACUGUACGUGAAUCGGCACGAGUGCGGUCACUGCAUGGCCAUCAACACAACCAUAUGCAGCGGAAUGUGUUUCACACAGGACACAAAUGUGGCAGGAUUUGUGGGCAAGCGUUUCCUGAUUCAGAAGGGAUGUAUGCACCGUUCUUUGGUGUAUCAUGCUGCUAAGAUGCCCGGCUGUCCUCUUCACAUCGACCCAGUCUUCUUCUAUCCCGUGGCCCGUCGAUGUCGCUGCAUGAAAUGCAACACGGCCAAAAAUGAGUGUGAGCAUAAGCCCAAGAGGAUGCACAACAAAUGCUCCAAGCCCCUGCGUGCAGUUUAA